AUGUUGGAAUAUUCUGAAUCUCUUCAAAGUUCGGAAAGAUCAUCAUGGAAAAACGUCCACAACUGUAAACUGUGCGCCUAUUUUACGACAUCGCUUUUGGGUAUGAUAAACCACGUGAGACGACACCGUUUCCCCGUGAAAAAAUUCGCUUGUCACCACGAAAUCGAAGCGUAUUAUUGUAAAGACUGCGAUUUUAAAACAGAACUAACGAUUCUGUUCAAAGUACACAUUAACGAGCAUCACGGCAAUAAGGAAGAAUCUGGAAAAGAUCUAUCAAGUGAAGUCUUCAGUGUACAAAAUUAUGUUUGCGAAAAAUGCGACUUUGGAUCAAAUUUCUGGAUAAAGUGGCUUCGGCAUACUUCAGAGUGCACAGGGACGAAAGAAACUCCUCAAAAUGUGAGUUCUCUGAAACAGAAUGACGGAAUAUGUUGGUAUUAUUGUGGGGAAUGUUCCUACAAAACUAAAGUCAAAAGAAAUUUAAAACGUCAUUCAAGAAAACACGAUUUGAACAAGCUGUAUAGGUGCGACAAGUGUCCAUAUACUACUCCAUAUAAACAAAGUAUUCGUUUCCACAUGAAAAUGAGCCACUUAGAUGAACAAGAUGGUGAAUGGCACAAGUGCGAAAAAUGUUCUUUCAAAAGUAGGUUAAAAAAGAGUUUAAAUCAGCACUUGAAGUUCAUACACAUGCACGAACAAGACGUUAAAUGGUACGAAUGCGAUGAAUGUGAAUUCAAAACAAAGUAUAAAUCCAGUUUAAAACUCCACGUAAAUGUAAAACACCAAGACCGCAAAAAAGGCCAUAAAUGUGUAAAUUGUCCAUUUACCACUAGUCAUAAAGGAAAUUUAAAACGCCACAUCCAGCGAUUCCAUUUACAUAAAAAGGACGCCGAAGUGAAGUGCAAAAAAUUCCCAUUCAGGACCACGACAAAAACCGAUUUAAACAAACACAGAAUAAUUACGCACUCAAACGAAGAAGACAUUACAUGGUUGCAUUGCAAAGAGUGUCCGUUUAAAACUGAGAUCAGGGGAAAUUUAAACAGACACCGAAUUUUGAAGCAUUUAGACGAAAAAAAAGUCAAGUGGUACGAAUGUGAAGAUUGCACGUUCAAAUCUAGACAUUUGUGGAAUUUGCAACGACACGUGAAUAGUCAGCAUUCAUCCAAAAAAGAAAAGGUCGUGCAUUUAAAAAAAUUAGAGUGCUACCAAUGUGCCAUCUGUUCGUAUAAAAGUAAAUCGAAAACAAAUUUUAAACGGCAUGCAGUGGUCCAUUCGAGGGAAAAAUCGUAUCAGUGCGAAUUUUGUCCGUAUAAGACGAAACGCACGUUCGAUUUGAGGCGGCAUAGAAAUUAUCUACAUUUGGCUGGGGCGGAAGUGAAGUGGUACAAGUGCGAACACUGUCCUUAUGAGACUAAAAAUUCAUCGAAUUUUUAUCAUCAUAGGAAAAAUAUGUGUAAGAUAUAG